UGCGGGUUGCGGAGAGUGGAGCGGCAGAGGCAGGGAAGAGAGAGAGCGCCAGGCGGACGAGGGAGAGAGGGAGGGAGGUAGAGCAGCCUCGGCGCACUAAGUGUUGACGGGCGAACAGCUGCCCUCGGUCUGUCUUGGUCGAGCGCGGAAGGAAAAGCGACGGGAGGUGGGAGACGACGAGGGUUCGAAGUCGACGAUCGACAACGGGGAAGGAGCUUCGAGUGCCAGUCCGAGAGAGCAUUUGUAAUUUGGCUCGGGCAACGGUGGCGCGGAUUUUUGCCAUUUUUCGGAGGAAAGCGCGAAGCAGGGCGCUUGAACGUCGCGACGAGACGAGACGAGCGCUAACCGAUUAGUAGAGCACUCUUUUUUGGUCGAAGUGGCAAGAAGCGGAGGACGGAGACGGAGGAGCAGGAGGGAUCGACGAGGUUGAUCGAUUUGCGAGGCAGUGGACGGGAAGGCCGUGGGAGGAAGGCACAGACCCUCCGAAGUGGUGGUCAUUGGAAUGGUAACCGAUUGCAGCGCUGCUACCCGUGCGCGGAACGGAGGCAUGUAGGGAAGCGGGGAGAUUUGUGGUGGUAGUGGGUAAUAUGGUGGUGGGGAUGUUGAGGUCGUGACUUGCGGUUGAAAUCAUUCCAAGUGCUUUGAGCACAGAGCACUGUUACGCGUGAAGAAGGGCUGAAAGAUUGUAAACGACUUUGUGUUCUUGGUCUGGAGUUCGGUGGUAGGUUUCUUUGUUGGCGUGUGUGCUUGUUGUGGAAUGUUUGGCAGUGAUUCAGAUUAGGGCAAGUGGUGAGAAAGUAGUUUUCGACGGACUCAGAGCGCCAUCCUAGCUGCAGUUGCUGCUGUUCCACUGAGCAUAGGGUGCCUUGACGAUCACAGGGAAGUACUGAAGGGUUUAGGGUGAAGCUUGAAGUUGAAAGAUAGGCUUACUACUCUAGUUUGUCCUGGCGGAGCUGUAGAUUUGUUGCUGCCCUGCUUCCUUCUUAUUGUUGCUCUCUGGCACUCUUUGAAACGGCAUUCUCUCCCCUUCCCUUCCCAUCCUCUCUCCUAGCUUGGGCUGGCAUCAGGCUUCUGCUACCUCCUGCAUGUUCUUGGGGAUCCAGUGAGAGCUUCUCGUGUUCUGUCGCCUCCAACUGUAGAAUUCUUUGCAUAUUUAGGUAAUUAGUUUCUUGGUACUCCUUCCGUUACCUUGCACCUGAUUGCAGUACACCAUUUGAAAGAAUUUUGGCAAUGUCGACUCCGAUACCAUCUUUAGGAAACAAAACCCCGGAGCAGCUGAAGGUCACAGAACUCAGGGAAGAGCUUAAGAAACGAGGACUCAGCUUCAAAGGUCUGAAAAAGGAUUUGGUUGAAAGAUUGGAUGAAGUUCUUCGUGAGGAGCUUGCGAGACAAGCGGCUGCAGCUGCUGCGGAAGCCGACUCCGAAGCCUCGCCUGAAGAUGACAAGCAGUCUUCAGACGAAGAGGAAGUGAGUACUCCUCCUCGUAAACAUUCCGAGGAGGACGAACCUGCGAAACUGUAUGUUAUCGAAGAGGAAAAGGUUGUUGCUGAGACUGAACCUUUGCAGUCAGCUCCAGUACAUGUGGCUGAACAGGAGGAAGGUGUCGCUGAACCUGAACAUUUGGAACCAGGUGGAGACGUUGUCACCCUCCCCAUUAGCAAGUCUGUGGAGGAAGAUCUGGUUGCCAACCAUGUUCCCGAAGACGCAAUUAUCAAGCUCGAUGUUGAGCUCGCGGCAGAUCCAGAAGUCUCGAGAGCUGAGCUUGUGCCGGAAGUUGAGUCAGGUGUUGUCCUUUCUGAUUCAACCCCGUCUCCAAAAGACAGUGCGGCCGAGGUGCACCAUAGUCCUCGGGAGGAUCUUGUCGAACACGUUUCCGAUAACGGUCCAGUGCCAGAGCGAGAAGCGGAUGAGCCCAUGGCCGAAGCCGCGAUCGUGUCCGAAGAAGUGGCCAACGAGAAACAUGAAAUUGUGGCACAUGAUGAGGGUCGAGGACAUGUCGACUUAGAGAAACCCCCGGAACAAGACACUAAGUUGUGUCAGGAAGUUGAUAAACCUCAUCACAAGCUCGCUCGCCCAGCCGCUUCCACGGAGGCCGUCAUCAUAGAGGCCUCUGAUGGAGAAGUCGAGCCAGAGGCUAUCCCUCGUGAGGUAGCUCCCGUAUCCGAAGUACUGGAUGGAGAACCUGAGGAGGGGCGCAUAGAGGUGCAGGGUUCCUACUCUGAAGCUACUGGAGAGGUCGUCAUGGAAACCACAGUAACAGAGGUAGUGACCGUAACCACAGAAACGACUGUUGUGAGCACGGCAGAAGUAACUUAUUCGGAGAUGGAUGCAGAGGUGUCUAGAGCACCUGCAGACCACGAUGUCGGGUCGCCAACAGAAAGGAAUUCUGAUGCGGGAACACGUAGCGUAGAGCCUAAAGACAAGCUGGAAGCUGCCAGUGAUGAGCAGCGUGAGCAUGAAGCAAUGGACGCAGACGAAGCCGAAACAACUAAGGAAUCAAAGCCCAUGGAGAUUGAUUCCGAAUCUCUUGCAGGAUCCAAGCGUAAAGAAGGAGAUGAUUCGAGGCAGCAAGAGCCUGCAAAGAGGCAGAGGAGGUGGAAUUCUGAGAAAAGCAUUGGAGCAGUUCCGGAUGUCAAAACGCCUCCUAAAGUUUUGUCUACAGAUACUGUUAAGGAAACAAUACCUGCACAAUCCAGAGAUGCAGUUGUGCAUGGUUCUGCUUUAGGGUCCCCUUCUACCACCGUUUCUUCUACUCCAAAGACCGCAGCAACGACGAGUUUUGAAAAGCCAGCGGCAUCUAGACCUCCGUUGGGAAGGAUAGAUGCCUCUGUCAACGGUGAAGCUGAGAAGAAGCGCCACGUUCCACCUCCCACAAGAAGUCCGACGACUUCCUUGAAGAUAGACAGAUUUGUUAGGCCCUUCACUAUCAAGGCUGUAAAAGAGCUGCUGGAGCAAACAGGAACGGUGAAAGAUAUGUGGAUGGAUCAGAUUAAAACUCACUGCUUCGUUACGUACUCGGCUGUAGAGGAAGCAGUUGCAACUAGAAACGCCCUAUAUCACCUCCAGUGGCCUGUCGCUGGAGGAAAACUGCUGGUGGCGGAGUUUGUAGAGCCCGAGGAGGUGAAGAUGCGUGUUGACGGAUUUGUUGAGAAACCAGCUGCCACUCCUGUCACCACUCCACGUGGUUCGGGAAGUAGCGCAAUGCCGGCGGCUGCUCCUAUGGGUCUGAUGGCUCUUUCUGUGCCUACACCGACGUCAGCACUACCACCCCCACCUCCUCUUCCACCUCCACCAAGGGAGAGACCAAAUAUGUCUUCAAAGAAAGAACUCGAGCCACCAAUCCCUACACUGGACGAUUUGUUCAAGAAAACGUGGGCGAAGCCACAAAUUUACUACCUGCCUUUGACAGACGAGCAGGUUGCUAACAACAAAGCAAGUGUCAGAGCUUUGUCUAACAACCCUAUUUUAAAAGCUUGACACGGUUUCGAACUUCUGCUUUUUGAUCAAAAUUUGGAUUCAACCCUUGGUGCCCACUCAAAGUGGGUGAAGCAAACACUACAAGAGACUAAGCACAUCGAUGUAUUGAAUAUCUGCAGAAAUUUCCAACCCACUAUGAAUAUGAUACUGAAACAGAACUUUUCUAUCGGUCUCUUCGCUUCUAAGGUAGGUAAGGGAUGAUGCACGUUGUGUCGAUUGUGAGGUCGUAGUUCUUUAUAUCAAAGAAAGUAGAUUGGGUGUUUUUGAAAUAUCCAUGCCAUAAUGUAAAGAGUUCAACUUCCUCUUGCCAGAGGUUACCAACGUUGUACACCAGUACAGUCUGUGUUGUGCUUGUCUAGUCAGUUCUCAGCUCUGUUGACUAACUGUUUUAGACGAGUAGAUACGCUGGUUAUGGUCUUGGGUGUUAACGUUGUGCGGAAGAGACCAUUAGGUUCAAUGGAAAGAGAUUGGUGCGUUUCGGACGUGAUUGCAGGAUGCACUUCCAACUCAAACCGGCCUUUGAGUAUGGGGCGGACUAAGGAUAGAAGCUCAAGCCCCGGAAAUGUACGGAAGAAGAAACACGCAAGGAGAAAUUGCACUAAACCUCAAUGUUCAUGGAAUUAGGGGUUGCAUUAGGCGAUUCCCUAGUGUAGGCGUAAUACCGAGGUUGCCUCAGGUAUAGGGUCACCUGAUGUGCUACCCAGGAAUAAGUUGGGAUUAAAGUAAUCUCUGACAUAGGUGUAUAGGCUUUGUAGUGCAAUAUUCAUUGGCUAAAUUCUAUGUUAGCUCGACAUGUUAAACAAUGUACCACACUAGUCUGGGUGAAAUCUCUACUUACACGAGUGGUUAAAUUUAAUAACAUGAAAAUCUGGCAUCUUCACAAGAGUCGAUUGUGGAUUUUCAGCCACG